GUGACAACAGGGUGCAGGCAGCUGGGGAAUCAAACCUGUGAAGACAUGGACGACAAGAGACAGAAGGUUUACAGGACACCCAGCGCAGGACUGUGGACUGCUACUGGGCUGGUGCUGGUAUAUUUGGUGUUGGCUGUGGUGAUGUUCAUUUUGAAGGAAUCGGGACAUCUCCUAAACAACCAGAGCUUUGAAUGUGGACACAGUGAGGAGUCCAGGCUGACCCAGGAGACCUUUCUGGUGACUCUGUGCACUGGCAUGGCUGUGUCCAUCUGUUUCAUGCUACUGCUGAACAUCUGGAUAAAGAGGAUCUUUUACACACCACUGUCAGUGUUUGCGAUCUUUGGCAUGUUUGUGGCUAUGUCCGUUUCCUUUGCAAUCACUUGGGAGAAAGAGAAUCAGGACAUAGAAGCAUUUAAAGAUCGCUACCUGGAACUGAUCCCUCUGAGUGACAUACCGGAAAUAUCUGAAUCUCAUGUGAAUGAUAAGAACUGUACCAUGCUCAGUAACGUUUACCGCUGGCAGGCUGAGUUUAAAUGUUGUGGACUUGCAGGCUAUCAGGACUGGGGGCUUGUGAUCCCAGAUUCCUGUUUGUGUGAAGGAGAGGACAACAGCACUGGAUGUGUUGGAGCUGGAAACAGCCUCGUUUACGAGAAGCCUUGUCUCCCUACAGUCCUCUCCCUUGUAGAAAAACGUAGCUCCACCCUUCGGACCGUCAUGAUAACUUGGCUCACUAUCGUCAGUGUUCCAGUUUCCAUGUUUGUGUUCUGCAUUACUCUGUUAUGUUGUAGGGUGGUUUGGGGAGACUGCUACUGCCACCAACUGAGCCUUUUGAAAUUCAAACUGAGCGGAGGAGUGGAGAUGAUUCCAGUGGUGUUCAUCAGAAAGGACAAUAAUAAGCAGCCUGAGGAGGGAAAUGGGAAAGAUGAGGAGGAAAGAGAAAGCUGCAGCAAUGGCAUGGUGGUGGAUGUGGAGUACGGCGCAGGGGAGGAAGGGGCCGAUGUUUUCCUGGAGAAAAAUGCAGUCACCAUGAUUCCCCGGUCAGAGCUGAGGAGGCUGCAGGAGGAGCUGGAGCCGCCUCCUGUCCAGCACCAGGUUCAGUGUGAUCUGUGCAUGAACUCCAGGAGACCUCGCAGAGUCUACACGGUGAUGAUAGAGGAGGGCUCCCCGCUGCUGCCCGCUGACGCCGUGCUGGUCGAUGCCAACAAACCCAGCAGGUGUGUUUGGGUUGACGGACCCCACGUUUUCUCAUUGGUGGACAUUGUUUGGAUGAAAGAGAGCGAAAAGAGAAGCAGCCUGCCAUUGUAGCGUGACACUGUACGACACUGUGCACACUGAAAAACAUCAAAUCCAAAGAAUUGUGUUUGUUAAUCAAAGGCAGGAGACAAAAGAAGACUUUGACUAAAUAUCUCAACUAAAAACAACUAGUUUUUUUUAAAUUAUAACAAUUAUCCUCAGUAUUACAUUUUGGUGGCUCUACACUACAAAUUUCUCAGAGGAUGAAGCCAAAAGUACACGUCUAGAAUAUUGCAGUAUGUAUAAUCGGAAUGGAGAUGCUAGAUAUUUGAGUGUGGACCACAGCGCGGGAGACAUUCCUGUCCAUAUACAGCCUCCUGUGCCUUCCUGCUUCAGAGUUCUUUAUUAGUAUUGUAAGGAUGGCCGUGGUAACAGCGUGGGACUCGGGUCAACAAAAUAAAAUUAUGUCAAAAUGACGGCCUUGUGCCGGGAAAUGUUGCCGUGUUUAGAUGUCGUCGCCUGGCAACGAGCCUCUGGUUUCCCCUCAGCUUAUCUAAUAGGAGCAGAGUCGGAACCUCUGGCCGACGGCAGCCAGUGUAAACAGCAGUAAAUCAUCCUGUGUGGCCUCAGGAAAUACAGAGAGUAUUGAGCGGAGCACUGCAGGCUACUCGCUCACGUGAGAUUACUCCACAUAAAACACUGAAUAUAUACACGUUAAUACACGGUAACAUUUAAAACCAAUGCUCGGUUAAAGCUUCUUUUUUUAGAAAUAACAAUGUAAACAAGCAAAAUCAGCAGAGGAAACCAGCAGCCAGCAGGGGCAGCCUCAGGACAUCACCUGGAAACAAGUAGCAGCAGACUGCUUGGAAAUUUAGCAGCAAAGAUCCAGGGAUUUGUUGUUGUUGUUGAAGAUUCGUGCAGUAGUGAGGCCUCACCUGGUCUGUGUCUUUUUUUUUACUCUGCAGAUUCAAUAUAAUUUUAGAGAUAAAUGAUUUCUAAAGAUUUUUUGUAGCUCCCACUUUCUUUAUCAGAAAAAUAAAUGAAUGGAAAAAGUCA